ACGAGAGAGGAGGCCGUCGCGGAGCUCUCUCGGGCGUGUGUGUCAACGCGAAUUAGUCUUGUGUGAUGGUGUCUGCCGCCUGUGACCCCGCGCGGUGUUUCCGGAUAAAUGGUUUUAAUCGCACCUGCCGUCUCUCCUUUAUUCUGUCUCUGUGAUGCUGAGCUAUACUGACCUUCUGAUGGUGACUAAGACACGGGGGAUUUGAUGGUGAUUUUUUUUUCUUUUUAUUUUCUUUUUGCAAUAGUAACGUUGCGAUGGAUCGCGCGUGAGUAAGGAGGAGCUGAAGGACCGAGAAGGAGCCGAGGGAAUUCCCAGAAAAAGGGGGGAGAAAAGGAAGAGAGAAAGAGAGACGGCGGCAGACGAAGAGAUGAAAUAAAAAAAAAGACAUGAAGAACGUAAAUACUGGAGACGUAAAUAAUUGGUUUUGAAAAAAGAAGGAGGAGGGGAGGGGUAAAGAAAGGAAGAACGAUAAUAGGUAGAAAAUAGAAGAAAAAAAAUAAACAGUGAUGUGACAGUGUAAAGAGUUUUUAGGAGAGUUUACGAGGCUUCUCGAAAGACAAAAGACAAAAGAAAAUAAAGAAGAAGGAAAAAAAACAUGACUAAAUUUACGGACAUGUGCAGCGUCGACAGAACAAAAGAGUAGAAAGAAAAAAAAAGAAAAAGAAAAAGGAAGAAGAGGAGGAGGAGGAGGAGGAGGAAGACGAUGUGUGCCGUCGACCCUCACACCUCACACUCCGUCACCUUCACUCCCUCAUGUUCUGCGUCCGGGAUGCAGCAUUCGCUUGGCCGGAAGUCAGCGCUGGCGUCCUUCCCGAGCCUGCACGCGCCUCCACCUGCCGACCAGCUGAACCACCUGCUCGUGCCUUCCGUGGGCUGGUCGGGCCUCGCGGCAGCUGGCGACUCGACGACCUGGCUUCCUGAGCGGGUGGUGCGGGAGAGCGCCUUCGGGCUGGGGGAGAGGGAGGCGUAUCGUCAGGCGAAGGCAGACGCGGCGGCGGAAGGGACGGGAGGUGAGGCUCACAAGAGGCUCUACGCACGUGGGGGCCAUGAGGCUGACAUCCCGCUGCUGAUGGAGGCUCUCCCUGUAGACUCCUGCACGACCACGCACGAUCCGCUUCGCUCAUGGCCCGGUGGUCGUAGCACAACCACACGCGACUCCCAUCCCUCGUGGCUCAGUGGUCCUUGCACGACCCUAAAUUCUCCAGAUGAUAACAACAAUCACUUGAGAAACGUGGUCGUCAAAGGGGAUUUUAGUGCGGAGAAAAAGUCGCUGAGAUGUCCUCUGCUGAGCGAUUAUUCCACAUUACUGACGGACUCGACCUGGAUAUUCGAGGGCCACGAAGCCUCGCAGCAGAAGCCUUUGAUAAUGUCACUACUAACGACUACGGUUUCGAAAUUGAAAACCUUCUACAGAAGAUGCAAACACCCGAGACGCCGAGCCUCCUGCCACGAGUGCAAGAAUUCCAAGGAGGAAAUCAGGACGUCGCCGCAGUGCCAGUGGGGAGGGGGGGCGAGAGGGCGCCAGCACGGAGACAAGCAGGCGGAGGGGAAGCAGGGUCACCGGUGGUGGCACUCCAGCAGAACCAACAAGGGCGGCAGCCGUGAGCGGGGGAAGGGGAGGUCUGCUAGUCAUGACGGCGGCGGCACGGUGCACACACACAGUUCGGGAGCUCAAGCUUCCAGCUCGAAUUUCCUGCGGAAAAGUUUGGACACCGAAUACCGGGGGAAGCAGAGGAAGCUCAGAGGGUCGCACAAAUCGCGCCCCGUGAGCAGCGACGACGAGGGAAGCGAUGACGUCUUCGAGAGCCCUCCGAAGUACAGGGACAAGCCUCCUCGCAGCAAAGUCUCCAGCAAGAGCGAAGACACUGCACAAAACUCCUCGAAAGUGUCGCUGAAGAAGUCCCUGCAGAGAAACAGGUCCCUCUCCCGCAGCCGGCUCGAAGGGGCGUCCAGGCGCAUGGAGAGGGACGACAGCAAGUCCCGGCGACGCCUCUCCCACCGCAAAAUCAACAAAUCCUCCAGCAGCAGCUCUUCCAGUUCCUCCAGAUCAAGUUCCCCCACGAAGUCCCGGCCCGGCAGCAGAUCAAAAUCCCAGCAGAGCAAAAGGAAAACGAAGCUAACGAACGGCUCGCUCGACCGUGAAGACUUCGCCGUGCACCAAACGAGUCCAGAGCAAUAUCAAACAGAUCUCGUGCAGCACCAAACCGAUUUUGUACAGAACAACGCAGACCCCGUGCCACAUAGGACUAACUUUAAGGUCAAAGACAACACGACUGACUUUUUGUCCAGACUGGAUAGCGUGUUGUCCGAUCUCGUCGAACACGAAAAGAAAAGGAUAAGCAAAUUUGGCCAAAAGAACGCGCGGGGCAGUGUGUCCAAAGGCGUCAAAAAUGGCUCCUCCGAACGGCACCAGAAGGCAGCAGAACACAGAAAGAACAAAGGGAAGAAAUCAGACGGCGUAGAUAAAAGUGCGUCCCCGUCUCUACAGCAGUUACGAACCACUUUGAAAACAGUAAGAGUAAAGAAGCGAGUGCCUGCAGCAAGUGACGUCCUGGAGAAACACUCGGACUGCUUCACCGAGAGCCUUCCGCAUCAGCCCCGCAUCCUAAAGUCUCACCAGAAAUCCCAGCUCCUAAGCCAGCGCUGCUACCAGCCGGCACGACGGAAACCGAAGCCAGCGCCACAGGAUUCUUCGUCGGACCUGUACACGUCGCCGGCAGAGGACGAGCACGAGGAAGUGAAGCAAGUGUGUGAGAAGCAGAACGACGUGUCUUCGGAGGAGGAACCCGAGGAAUACCGAGAGACGUCAGAGCCCAGCGACAGCACGUACGAGCAGGAGGACGAGGACGGCCGCGAUGUGUUCUACAGAGCGGAGAAGCCGGGCAAAGGGGGCCGCGACGGGUACUACGAGAGGGACCAGUCGACGAGCGACGAGCACAAUUACCGGAGGGAUCAAUCAGCGAAGGGCGGGUCGAGCGUGGCUGCGCGCGGCGUCAUCAAGGACCUGACCAGCUCGUCCCGCGGAGAGGCUGGCGACUCGGGGGACUUCAGUGUGGACAGCGCGUACACAGGCAGCCGCGGCGCGACCCCCGAGAGCGUCCUGAACCCUGGCGUGAAGCCAAGACGGCCGGGGACGGGGCUGGCCAACAGGCGCCCUGCCAGUUCGGCCUCGCGGCACCGUCUCCCGGCCAAAGCCAAGCUCGAGGACCAGCAUUUAGUCGAGGUGAAGAGAGUGAUCAUGCGUGACAUCCGGGAAUCCGGGCUGUACAGCGAUGACAGCAUCAACGCCCUCCUGGAGCGACACCGCAGCCGGUGGCCGCAGCUGAACCGACGGGAAAUGGAUCACAUCGUCAGGAGCAUCCAGGACGACCUCGGAGUCAAGCCACACGCCACGCACUACGUCUGCCAGAUCCUCGCGGCGGCGGAGAGCGGGGCCAGCGGAACCCCGGGCCUCACGAAGAAGACCGUGGAAGGCCCCCUGUGCGUCAGCCCGCUCGGAGACAAGACGACGAAGGCGCAGACGAAGACCUCCGACGCGGCGGCGCCUCCGAGGCAAAAAAUUCCCUCCGCUGUGCAGAACCUCGGCGCUCGGGAGGCCAGCGACGAGGAGGAGAGCCGACGACCAAAGAAGGACUUCGCGGAGAUCGAGGACGAGAUCUGGGCGCGGUCCGUGAUGAGCGGCGUCGACCCGGGACUAGUCGACCAGGCGCGGAAGGAGGCCAGGGCGCCGCACCUCGAGGACGACAACGACCUGCCGGCGUAUGUCAUGGAUCUCUGCCAACAGUUUGAUGUCAAGAUAUGAAGA